CUUCCUUACAGUGCCAGCUAGGUGGCAAUACCUUGAAGAGCUGAGGAUAGGUUUUCCAGAAGGCCUCUACUCAGCAUCCAAUAUAUGCUGCUGUUUUUCCCAUAGCCAAGAUUCACGUCUCUAAGAAUCAAGUCAAGGAAAUGGGAGUGGCACCACUCACUAUUACCAAUAGCAACCUGCUAGCAACAUUUUUGUUUCCUGUUUCCACCACCUUAACCCCUGCUAGCCUAGAGGUCUUAGUUCCAGAGGGAGAAAUGCUUCCAUCUAGAGACACAACAAUGAUACCACUGAACUGGAAGUUAAGAGUUCCUCCUGGCCACUUUGUGCUCCUCAUUUCUCUGAAUCUACAGGCAAAGAAGGGAGUUUCUGUGCUGGCUGAGGUGAUUGAUCCUGACUACCAAGGGCAAACUGGAGUACUACCCCACAAUGGAAGUAAGGAAGAGUAUGUCUGGAAUGCAGGAGAUGAAAAACUACAACAGCCCAAUUCGAGCAGGACUCCUAAUGGCCCAGACACUUCAGGAAUGAAGAUUUGGUUUACCUUAUCAGACACGUGUGACAUUUGGUGCCGUGACUCAGAUGGGGGACCUCCCUUGGGAGGUCCUCCUGCUCUUUGCUCUGUGAGAAACAUCCACCUACAACCUCGGGUCCUCAGACCAACCAGCCCAAGGAACAUCUCACCAAUUUUAAAUCGGAGACAGAGGAGACACGUUUUAUCUGUGAACCCAAAACUCUGGCACCGGUCAUGGACUCAGGAAGACAGUCUUCCCUUGGUGUUUAACCACUGCGGGGACGCCUGCUUGAUUAUUCACCCACGAUUCAGAGCUACUUGCCUCUGCUGUGAGACAAAACCCAGCCGCACCUCCAGCACACAAGAACUUCAAAAUGCCUAAGCCUCACAUGCGUAAGCCGCAGUGGUCAAGCAUUCCUACAGGACCUCCUCCAUCAGGAUCUUGCUUCAAGUGCCAGCAAUCUGGCAACUGGGCCAAGGAAUGCCCGCAGCCCAGGAUUCCUCCUAAGCCAUGUCCCAUCUGUGCCGGACCCCACUGGAAAUCAGACUGUCCAACUCGCCAAGCAGCCACUCCCAGAGCCCCUGGAACUCUGGCCCAAGGCUCUCUGACUGACUCCUUCCCAGAUCUUCUUGGCUUAGCAGCUGAAGACUGACGCUGCCCGAUCGCCUCAGAAGCCCCGUGGACCAUCAUGGACACUGCUGAGUAACUCACAGUGGAGGGUUCACUUGGCCAGUGGCUUCCUCAUAGGUUGGUGGGGGAUCACAAUUGGACAGGCGAGUAGAGACGGAAUCUGAGCGCCCAACUACGUAUCCCAGAAAGCCUGGAGACAAUCCACUGCUGUCAAACACUUCAUCUGAUGGGGGGGGUGGGGUGAUAAUAUUAAGGUGCUGAGGGAAAGGAAUGUGGCCUUCAGUCACUGUCUGUCUACGAGUUUUGUUUCUUAGGAAGCAUCUCCAGAUUAGGAAAAUGACAAGGAGGAUAAUGAAGAGGCCAAAGAUUAACGGAAAGGUAAGGUAAAACUGAAACCAGUCACUUCCUCGGUUACUCUCCCCUUGUUGUGCUUUUGUGUAGGUGCUCCAAAAUUCCUUCUGAAAAUACAAUACAAAAUAAAUAGAAAAUCAGUAUGAAUAAAAGAUGGAAAAUACCAGUUGAAUAAA